CUCGACAGAAUGCGUUAAGGAGAGCAUGAACCCUUCUCGAAGCUGACGUGUCCGGCAGGAUAAUUAUGGCGAACGUGUUUCUCCUAGGCGUCUGUAUUAGCCUUUUGAUGAUUCUAAAGGUCAAUGCACACAAGGAGUUUCCACAUCAGAUCAACGUGUUCGUCACCCCUGACUAUCGACGCUCCACGCGCCGCUCCGUACUUCAGCCACGAACUCUGUUUGAACGGCCACUUGUGCCAGUGGCCCAACCACAGGGAAAUAUGCCUGCCACUGUCUACCCCGGCCGCGCUUUUUUGCUUCGAUACUCUCAGUUCGUUGACCCUUAUUACCCGUACACUGCGGUCAGUCCUCAACUUCAACCACAAAGGAGGUUUGCGACUCAAGCGAUACCGCCAGUCAACCCACAAGCAGGUUUCUCUGCACAAGCUUCAAACUACGAUUUUCUACGGCGCUACUCCACAAUGGUGGAUCCUUCCUACCCGCAUUCCCCGGUGAGCCCUCCACCAUCCCCGCAAGGACGACUUGCAACUCCGCCUCUGCCAGUGCAGCAACAACAGACCCCUGGUAGUGCCCACUACGAGUUCUUCCGGGAAUACUCCAAACUGGUGGAUUCUCAGAGCCAUCAGUAUCCUGCUGCUGUUCCCCAGCCUCAAGCGCGACAACUACAUGAAGGUCAAUUUGUGACACCACAACCGCCACGAGUAAACAGUGUGCUAGCUUACAACUACGAUUUUCUACGGCGCUACUCCGAACUGGUGGACCCUUCCUACCCGUAUUCCCCAGUGGGCCGUCCGCCACACCCGGAAGGACGACCUGCAACUCCGACUGUGCCAGUGCUGCAACAAGAGGCCCCUGGUAGUGCCCGUUAUGAGUUCUUCCGGGAAUACUCCAAACUGGUGGAUCCUUUCAGUCAUCAGAGCCCCGCUGCUGUUCCUCAGCCUCAAGCGCGACAACUGCAUGAACGUCAAUUUGUGGCACCACAGCCACCAAGGGUAAACCGUGCCAUGCUGAACCCGAACUACGGAUUCCUACAACAGUACUCCAGGCACGUUCAACCUGGUUAUCAGUACCCACCAGCCCAGCCUCUCAGUCAACGACAAAGGCAACUUGGACAACCGCGUCAGUGGCCCUCACAGGCACCGUACCCAUAUUCCAGGGCCCCCACGUACCAAUGGCCUCCCCAAACACCCCUGCAACCCCACCCAGCUCAAGUACCGCUACCAGCCCAACCUUUCCCUGUUUUCAUGCCUCAGCAGCCGCAACAGUUUCCUACGCCUCAGUAUCCUAUCCAGGCCCCCAUGCCUCCGUACCCCUCCCAGUUUUAUAUGCCUACGUAUCCCCAACAGAGUGUUCACCCACCCCUGUUUCCCCAGCACCCACAACCGCCACAGCUGCCACAUUAUCCCCCGGCUACCAGGGGCCCGUCUCGGCCGGACUGCCUUACAGAUGAUCCAGAGCUCUUCUGCUACGCGUUCUGUAAAUACGCUUACAACUCACCUGGUUGGUGCAAUCGCAAGGAAAACAAGUGCGCGUGCGCACGUUAUAGGAAACUACAUCAAAAGCAUGCGGAGGUUGGGCAUCCCAAUAAAUAAGUUUCAAGCCUGGUA